AUGGAGAACGUCAUACUUGAAGACUCGCCGCUGGCCGAGUAUCUGGAAGGUUUGCGCCCUGAGACUGCGGGCCGUACAGGGACCAAGACAUUAAACUCCAAGCUAGGCCAAGGCAAGGGAGCAGACUCCCCGCCGCCGUCACCCACCGCAUCCGACCCGUACAGCUUUGCGCCCCGGGGCCCGUCGACGCUGCAGUCGAGGAUACGCGACCGACUGCCCCCGCCGCUGCGAAUACAUGCCCGCAAUGGCUCAAUCGCACGCAUCCACACCGUGUGCUCGAAAGCCGUCGCAUCACGCCUCGGCCGCGCCGACAACGAGCGCUUCCUCGAGCACUUCCGCUAUCUCAUCGUCGCCUCGCAGCUGCUGGGCGAGCAGGGCGGCGUGCGGGCCACGUCCCUGGCCAGUUUCGCGACGGGCGGGCCGGGCGCGCAGGAGUUCAAGAUCAUCACCAUCAGCCCCACGGGCGCCGCGCUGACGGGGACGACGGCCUUCACACUGGUCUACCUCGCCCACUGGGCGCGACGCACACCCGGGGCGGGGAAAUGGAGGUUUCUGGUCGUCGUCCUGACCUUCGCCGCCGUCGCCACAGCCUUCUACGGCUACAUGCGGCGCCAGUGGUUGCAGUAUCUGAGGCAGCAGGCGGUCGAGGGCGCGUCUGCCCUGGUCCUGAACCUGCAGGCCUUCGAGGCGUCCACGUCUGCUGCCCUCUCGCUGAUCCAGGAGGUGGAGCUGGUCUCGCGAGGCUACCGACUCGCGCCAAUGCCACCCAUCUCGCGACUCGAAGAGCAAGGACAAGCCCGCCGCUGUCAGCGAUUGCGACGACACCUCCGAGGCGCCUUUGUCGAAACCCUUCCUAUACUCACCAAGCAGUGCAUGAUCCUCAAGCAGCUCAUCGAAGAAGACGACCUGGAAAAGUACCUCGACGUCUACGAAAUCAGCAACCCCGAUAUGCAGGAGGCGGCGCAGGGAUACUCCGAGACCGAGUUCGAAGACGCCGAAACAUUAAAAGCUCUACGAACCCUCCAAUACCGACUCUCCACUCUUCGCCGCGUAUAUCUUUGCUCCCUGCUGGCUCUCGAGGCGGACGGUGGAUCUCCAGACUUUGCGCGCUGGGCAACAGUCGUGGAUUCGAUGCGCAGACUGGCCGCGCCCACAGAAAGAUCCAGCGAGAAGAUCAACCGCGUCCUCGCAGAAGAAGAACAAUUCACGCUCCCCCAGCCCUCGCCGAGCAAGGCCCCUCCCCCAGGCCGGGAAAAGGUCCGCAACCAAGUCCGCAAACUAUCCGGGCUAUCACAGGGCAUCCGCGGACUACAAGCCAAAAUGCAGGUGCUCCGCGAAGAAACCAACAAAACCCUCGAGGACACAGAAGACGUGACAGAGCUCGGCCACCACCUCAUGGUCCAAUACGACUCCAUCGGCGCCGACCUCAAAAGUCUCAUGCAAGCCUGGGAAGCCGGCAAAACCGCCCUAGCCCUCAACAUCGACAGACAAGAACGCCGCAUCUCGCAAGCCUCCAGCGGCCUGCGCUCCCCCGUCCCAAGCCUCGGCGGCCUGACUGCCGUCGACGAAGGCAGUCCGUCUGAUGCUCUGCGCGCGUUAAAUGGCGACACGCUAAGUCUCCUACAGAGUGCGCCCCCGAGCGACCAAGGCAGCAACUCGGACGAUGAGGUCUUCGAGGCCAUUGCCAUCCCCAAGACUCGCGUCACCAUGACGAGGGAGGAGCGCAUGCAUAAGAUUCAGGAGGAUCGCGUUCGUCAGGCGUCGGCGCGGGAACAGCGCGAUGCGAGCACGAAUAUGCUGAGGGAGUUGGAGAGCGUGAUUAAUCUAAGACCGCAUCGUAUUACGGGGCCUACGGGUCGGGUUACGAGUCUUUGA